AAAAAAUCCUAGUGCUAGGGAGAACCGCACCGCACAGAGAGCAGAUCAUCUUUAAAUUUUAGUGGCAGCCUACAUACUAGGGGGAACAGAUAGCUAUCUAUCUAUCAAUUGACUUAUAACCAUAGAAGGGUAAGAUGGAUCAAAUACUUGCUAAGGCAAGCAAUCAAGCAGUUACAUUUGCCAUUAGAUCAGGUAUAACCAUUGCAUCAACCUACGCUAUUAAGACGGUAGGUCAAUUUCUUGAGAAGAUAUCAGAGCAUGAAAAGCAACGUAUAACCAAUACUAGGAAUAAGAUUCAAACCAAAAUCAAUAUCAUUUCAUUGUCAAUAGAUUUGAUUAAGUUGGCUACUGCUAGAGGGAAUAGUACUUUAGAAUCGACUUUGGAUUUGAUUAAUGAGUUGAAUGCCGAAUUGAACUCAUUUGACGAGCAUAUUGAUUCCAUCAACCAGAAUUUGACAGGGGGUAAUGAAAAAGAAUCAAUUAAACAGGUAGAGGACUAUAUGAAAAGUCUUUUAAAUUUGAUCAAUGAUUCAAUUCCUAUAAUAAAUCUUGCAUUGAUUACCAGUGGUAUCAAUAUUAAUGGUUUUAUAGAUGGUGCUCAAGAUAAUAUAUCACCAGGUCGAUUAUUACAAGCCUCUAAUCAUAUAAUCAAAUCAAACGAGGUUAGUAGCAAGGAAUUUCCGGCAACAGUUGGCCCUGUUUUUGAUUUAGUGACAUAUACCAUCUUUUACAAUCCGUCAAGGGCAAAAUACAUUAGUGGAACAGACCAGGAUACCAUUCCAGAAGAUGAUGAUCUUGACAUAGGCUUAUCAAGUAUAUCUUGGAAAGAAACCUUUGCCAGGAGUGAAGUAAGUAUUAGAAGGACUAAAUCAACUGAGGAAAAACAAACAUAUGAUUAUAGAUUAGAAAUUAGAGAAGAUUUUAAUGAUGGUAGAUAUCAUGAUCAUGAAGAGGAAUCACCUCAAGUGAAGGUAUAUAAUAUUAAGAUGAUUCAACGGUUAUUUUUCACGGCUUCAGGUAAAUUGUUGAAACUAGAUGAUCGUAGUUCACCUGUAUUGAUCUUGAAAUUGAUCGAUGAAGUCAAAUCCACUGAAGAAUGGGUUGCAUUUGGUGAGCUAAAUGUUGGAGAAUUUGACGAUGAUGACGACGAAGAGGAAGAUGAAGAAGUAGAUGAUGACGACGAGGAAGACGGAGAAAAUAUAAAGAAGAACAAGAAGAAGCGAGCUCCCGUUCAGCAAAAAGCGAAUUCAUUAUCAUUAUUAGAGUAUAUGUUAAGAUUAACUAAAUUGCAACAAGUUGAACAACAAUCAAUCAUGAAAGUCAAAGAUGAGAUUUUAUCAUUAUACCUUAAGGACGAAUUACAAUCAUCUUCGAAACCUUCCUCAAGAGUGAUUGAAUCGAAAACAAUUUCUAAGAAAUUGAAUUCAUCAAAGAAAUCAUCAAAUAGAGACACAUCAUUAACUCUUGAUUCGAAUAUAAACAGGUUAGAGAAUCUUAAGCUAGGCAAGAAAUAAAGAUUGUAAGACUUGUUACUAGUUUGCUCUUUGAGUUCAAUUAUACCAACAUCUGGAAGUAUAUUAAAAAAACUAUAUAAAUACCUAAAUUAAAACCAUAGAAAUAAGAAUACAAAGAGAAGAAAACCAAGAAAAGGGGAUGGAAAGGGAAGGAAAUAUAUAAUAGCGAUAUAAUGAUAACAUAAAAGGUAAAUUACAA